ACCAAGAAGAUCUCCGUGAGCGACCGCGCGCUCGUCCAAGAUGUGAUCCCUUAUAUGGACAUCUUGACGAACCUCGUCGACAAGUUCCGCAAGGACGAGAAGCUUGCGCCUUCAGUGCGCGCCGCAGCGCAGCGUGGACGGGUCAUCCUCGACAAGUACUAUACGCUCACAGAUGAGACGAUCAUAUACCGUCUUGCUAUGAUCCUCCACCCGGGGCACAAAUUGCGAUACUUCCGCGAUGAAAACUGGCCUGAGGAAUGGAUCACCGAGGCCGUCGAGCUCCUCCGCGCCGAGUGGAGGGCGUACUAUAAG